AUAGGCGAGGGAUACCGCGAGCGUGAGAGCUGCGGCUCAGGCUUUGACCAUUCAGCUACUGGACGAAAUUGUGGCUGAGAGACUGGAGGCUCAGGAGGCCAGAGGAAGAUGUUGAACCCAUGGGGGCUGUUCCUCUGCCAGCUGGCAAUAAACACAUCUUACCAUGUCAUAAAAGCCAGCCUCUGCCUGGGUGGGUCAGACAUCUUUGCGACGGUGAGCGAGAACCGACCCGUAGGAGAGUUCAUUGCGAACCUCAGCAUCGUCGGGGACCCUACAGGAGUCAAUAGCAUCCGCUUGUGCCUCACCGGAGAGAACGCCAAUUGGUUCUACCUAGAAGGGAGAACCAUCAGGCUCAACUCAUCCAUUUUAAGAGUCCUGGAUCGAGAGCGCCAGGGAUCUGUUUUGAUGGCAGCAUUAACAUGUUAUGAAGACGACAUAAUACAAAGUGAAUACAGGGUCAUGGUUGAGAUCCUGAAUGAAAACGAUAACAAACCAAGGUUCCUUGAGAAGACUAUACAACCGCGUUACAUAAGUGAGCUCAUUGCAGUCAACUCUGUCGUCUUCACUGUCAAGGCCAUCGAUGCUGACGGAGACACCAUCACCUACAUCAUCGACAGAGCCUCGCCUGAUGCCAGCUACUUCAGGAUAGACCUGCCCAACAGUGGUAAAGUGAUCCUGGACAAGCCAUUGGACUAUGAGACCAAGACCAAGCUGCAGCUAGUCAUCUACGCUGUGGAAACCAACACCAAGGAGUGGUACAACACUUCCGCCUCACUGAUUGUGAACGUGGAGGACGGAGACGACCAUUACCCUCAGUUCCUACCGUGCACACCCAUCUCCCAGGACCACAACCACACGGUUGUCUGCACCAACCCCAUCUACGUGGUCAAUAUCACAGAAAAGGACCAGGACAUAUUACUGAAUUUCUCUCCUGGUCCAAUUCAUGCCGAAGACGGAGACAGAAGCCUCGAUACGCCUUUGCUCUACUCCAUUCUCUCAGGUGCUGACAAAAACAGGUUUCAGAUUGACAACCAAACAGCAGAGGUCACAAUGACAAAACGGGUGGAAAACAGACAUUUGACACCUAUAUUCCGACUGCGCAUCAUGGCAUCUCAGCUGAAUGACCCAAAGAAGUACAGUGUGGCGACAGCGCUGGUCCGGGUGCUAGCAGAGAACCGGUUCCCUCCCCUCUUUAACAGAACCACGUACAAGGGCUUCAUCAUCGAGAGCUCCAGCCCUGCCACGCUAGUCUCCACCUAUGGGAACGAGGUGCUUUUCAUCCAAGCCAUAGACCAGGACUUUGUAGAUGGGGUGAAUCCAAAAAUGCAUUAUUCUCUCCAGCCCACACGAGCCACCACUGGACUGUACCACAUCACAGAGGAAGGGGUUAUCAUCGCUAAGACUGACCGCCUACGAUCCUUCGACAGGCUCAUCCUAGAGGUGGUCGCUAUGGAUGAGGAAUCAGGUGAAAUUGCUAAAGCCUCAGUCGACAUAGAGCUGCUACAAAGAAGCCAGCCAAUCCCUUGGACACCUUUCAGAGACAUGGAUGUGAGGAUAGCUGGCGGUAUCAUGGGUGGGAUGCUGCUGCUGUUAGUGACAACCCUGUUCCUGCUGAUCCGAUGGGCCAAGAGGAGGAGGAGGAGACAGAGACAAAACCCGGCCGGACGAGGGGCUGUCGCCCUGGGGAAACACCUCAAAGUGGUGAACUCGGGCCGGCCCAUGAUUCCCUUGGUCGAGGAGGCCUCCUACCAGAACGAAGGGUUCAACAUAGACUACGAGGCCUCGGGAGGUUCCGGAAGCCUCUUUGGGAGACAUGGGGUCUACACCAGGAAACAGUCGCUGAUCCCGCCGCCGCCACGCUGCCACAGCAGCCAUCCAGACUGCGGCUCCGGUACCGUAACAGGCGACAUGCUGCCUAUUCUGGUGAUGCCAGAGCCCCUGGUUAAAGACCUCACUCCCACCCUCAUCUCCAACAGCAGGAAAGGUGACAACACCAUCAGCACAGGGGCUGUGACAAAAGACGAGAAGGAGAGGAAUAAGCAGAGGGAUAUGGAGAAAGAGGAGGAGAGGGAAUGGGAGAAGCAGUGGGAACGCGCUGUUGGCACAAAAGAGAAGAGAAAUACCGAGGGGGAAAGGACGGAUGAGUCGAGAGAUGUUUUGGGUGCUUCCAGUGAGACGACUGACGUAAGCGAGGCCUCUGAGGACCAAACAAACACAGAAAAGCCUCAGAGCCACAGGAUGAAAACACACCACAUCAGAGUACCCAAAGACGAGCACAAAAGCUCUUCUGAAGAGUAGUCUGAGGCAGAAGAAUCUAUAUUAGGCUAUGCACUCUGAUGUGUCUUUCAGACGAUUAUGACACAGCCUCGGAGGACGACCAGGUCCCGUUACUCCAGUAUCAGGACGUCGAGGGUGGAAAUGCAGCGCAAGGGCUCAGCGAAACAAACCAGCGAUCAAGCAAACAGAUGACCGAGUAACCCACAUAUGCACCAUUCAGACUCACACUCUGGGCUUCAGACUCACAUUGAAGAUACAAAAUAACUCUAACCAUUUAUUUAAAGAAAUAAAAACGGACAUUAUGGAGCCAAACAAACUCUAUACACAGACGAAAAUGUAUAUAAAUGUUUUUUAUCUCUCUCCAAUUCCAUAUAAUUAUGUUGGUGUCACACUCUGACCAUUAUUUGAGUUGUUUGUUUCGUCAGGGUGUGAUAUGAGUGGGCAUUCUAUGUUGCAUGUCUAGUUAGUCUGUUUCUAUGUGUUUUGGCCUGAUAUGGUUCUCAAUCAGUGGCAGGUGUUUGUCGUUGUCUCUGAUGCAUGUUUGCACACAGUAUUAAUAGCGGUCACGUUCGUCUUAUUAUUUUGUUAGUUUGUUUAUUAUUCGUCGUGUUCUUUUAUCUACAUUAAAAUAAUGUAUUCACACCA